UACACAAACGACGCUAAAGCAGGAGCAGUCAGUCGCUUAGUGAACGUCUGAGACUAACAGUGUUGUGAAAAAUGUCAGAAGUAUUUAAACUUGGAGAUCUCGUUUGGGCUAAGAUGAAGGGAUUCUCACCCUGGCCAGGUCGAGUUUCACACCCACCAAAGGAGUUGAAAAAACCACCAACUGCUAAGAAGGGUCCAGUUCAAUGUAUAUUUUUCUUUGGGACAAAUAAUUAUGCAUGGAUCGAAGAAUCUAAUAUUCAACCGUAUCAUGAUCUCAAAGAUAAGUUAGUCAAGUCUAGCAAGACUGGGGCUUUCAAAGAUGCGGUAGAAGCUAUUGAAGAAUUUAUUGCCAAGGGAGAGGUCUUUGAUGAUGGACUAGAUUCAGACUCGCUCUUCGAUAGGUUAAAAGAGGAUCUUGUUGUUCCUGAGAAAAAGACUCCAAAGAUUUCAAAACCGCGAAAAGAAUCUGCUCCGAAAACAAAACGAGUGGACAACAGUUCAGAAAAUCGUCCGGCUAAAAAAGUAAGACGUGAGUCAAGUGCUAGCAACAGUGCUAACAACCGUGUUAGUAGUGUAAGCCCAAGACUAAAUCACUCACCGUCUCCACCAAGAAAGUCCGGAUCUACACUUUUGAACAGGCCGGCGAAUAUUGCUAGACCCGUAACUCCUCCUCUGGACGUUGAAACGCUGUCACAAACUUUGAAAGAGAAAAAUAUUCUGCCGUCUACUCUCAAGUUUGGCUUCCUCGGACUUGGUAUUAUGGGCAGUGGUAUCGUUAAGAAUCUCAUCAACAGCGGGCACAGUGUCAUCGUUUGGAACAGAACUCAGGAAAAGUGUAAUGACUUUGUGAAAGCUGGUGCUGAUCAUGGACUUACUCCUUCGGACGUAGUGCAGGCUGCGGAUAUAACAUUCUCAUGUGUGGCUGACCCACAGGCUGCGAAAGAUAUGGUGUUCGGUAACUGCGGUGUCCUGAUGGAAAUAACUCCAGACAAAGGAUAUGUAGAGAUGACCGGAAUUGAUGCCGAGACAUCUCAAGAUAUUGCGGAGGCAAUAAAUGCGAAAGGUGGACGUUAUCUGGAGGCGCAGGUACAGGGUAGCAAAACUCACGCGCACGAGGGUACUCUGGUGAUUCUCGCCGCAGGAGACAGAUCGCUGUUUGACGAGUGUCAGUCCUGUUUCGAGGCAAUGGGAAAAAAUACCUUUUACUUCGGGGAAGUUGGUAAUGCUUCGAAGAUGAAUUUAGUUUUACAAUUGAUGGCUGGUGUUACUCUUGCUGGUCUUGCUGAGAGCAUGGCGUUAGCAGAUCGUGCUGGUCUGCAACAGAAACACGUGUUGGAAGUUCUUGAGCUUACGUCGCUGGCGUGUCCAGCUAUUUUGGACAGAGGAAAAACUAUAAUUGAAGGCGGUUUCAACACACAAUUACCCUUGAAACACAUGCAGAAAGAUUUAAGAUUAUCGUUGGGUAUGAGCGAUCAACUGGAGCAGCCAUUGCCACUUGCUGCUGCUGCCAAUGAAGUUUACAAACACGCGAAACGUCUCGGUUAUGGUGAACACGACGCAUCUGCAGUUUACAUCAGAGCUAGAUUCUAACCCAGCCGGGGAUAUUUUUUUGCUACACACCGUAUAUUUAUUGCAAUACAUUGUUAUUUGACGAGGAUGAUUUAUUAAACAAGUCCUGCUUUUCUGAUAACUAUUUUCUGUUUUGAUUAGUUUGACAAUUAUGAAUAAUAGUAAAAAUAAAAUAAAAACUUUAAGAAUGAAGUGAAGAAAAAUUAUUAAAUUUAAUUAGCAUUCAAUUUGAUUAAAUAAUUAUAUAUCUACAAUACAUUUAUGGCACAAAAAGAUUACGAAACGCGUAUGUGUCUAUUGACAACAAUGUUUUAUAUAUUAAUUAUUACUUUAUUUUAUUGUACUUUUUUUUUAUGUUACUAUUAGUAUUUUUAUUCGUUGAAAAUUAAAAUACGCAGAUUGAUAACUGAACUCAAGGGCAUGAUUUAAAAAAAAAUAAGUAAAUUCAACUAAAUUUUCGUCAGUAAGGAGAGAUCUAAGUACUCGAUCACUCCAUGUAUUUGUAUAUAUAUAUUUACCAAAUUCUACAAAAUAUAAAUGUAUAAAUACAUGAAUUAUCUGGUACUGGAUCUCUUAUUUUAAAUAAAACAAAAAUUUUGAUUAAAUGUUAUUAGUAAUUUAUAUAAUAAUUAAAUUUAUAAUUUAAUUGUGUUAACUUAAAAAAAAUUUAUUUUUAAAUCUAAUUAAUGAUAGUAUUAUCAUUAAAAUUAUUAUUGUACAAGUGGUAUAAAAUUAUUAUUGUAAUAAUAAUUUAAAAAAAUAUAAUUUUGAGUUUUUAUUUUAAACGCGUUUUGAAAUGUGCCUUAGAAUGCCACUAAAUAAAAUAAAACAAUUGCAUUCAGACAUUUUCCCGCGUGAGAUUUAAAUAUCUCACAGACACUAAUAACUUGGUAUCAUUUUCUUUCAUUUUUAUAUUAUUCAUUUAUUUGUAAUAUUUUUUUUCUCAUUUAUAAAUAUUUUAUUUUUAAUUACGUCCGAGUUAUUAGACACAAAUUUACAAAAACAAUAUUAAAUAUUAGAUAUUAAUACGAUAAAAAAUUUAAAAAUUGAAGAGAACGCAUAAUAAAUAUUAAAUUUGUGUUAAAAAAAAAAUUGUAUGAAAUUUGGGUAAAUUAUCGUGGGAAUGAUAACACUGAGAGUGUAGUAAAAAAUCUUUUUUUUAAAUUAAUUAUUAACAUUUCUAUUGAUUU